AUGAAUAAUUCAAAAGUUUUAAUUAAAAGAGAAUGGACCAGCAUUGGUUCAUUAGAUGAAAGUAAAGUUGGUCAAAAAGUUUUAAUUCGUGCUCGUAUUGCAACCAGUCGUCUUCAAGGUGCCAAUUUAUGUUUCCUUCAAUUAAGAGAAAAAUUAUUUACAGUUCAAGCUGUUAUUGCCAAAGGUGGUGUUUGUUCAAAAUCAAUGGUUAAAUUUGCAGGUGAUAUUACUCGUGAAUCAAUUGUCGAUAUCGAAGGUACCAUUUCAAAAACACAAGUACCAAUCGAAUCAGCCACCCAAAAGAAUGUUGAAUUACACGUCACUUCAUUAUUUGUUGUUUCAGAAGCCCAACAACUCCCAAUUUUACUUGAAGAUCUCUCAAGAAACCAAGCUCUUCUUGAUCAACAAGACUCUGAAAUCAAUGAAAUCUCAAGAUUACUCGAAAACACCAGCCUUACCAACGAAGAAAAAGAAGAACUCACUGCCAAAAAGAGUGCCGCCUCACGUUAUGUCAAUGUCGGUUUAUCACAACGUUUACAAAAUAGAUAUUUAGAUCUUAGAGUACCAGCCAAUCUUUCAAUCUUCCGUAUUCAAUCAGCUGUUUGUGCUUUAUUCCGUGAAUUCCUUUCAGCCAAAGAUUUCACUGAAAUUCACUCACCAAAAAUUAUUUCAACUGCCUCUGAAUCUGGUGCAUCAGUUUUCAAACUUGGUUAUUUCAAUACCCACGCUUAUUUAGCUCAAUCACCACAAUUCUAUAAACAAAUGGCAAUUGCCUCAGAUUUCGACCGUGUCUUUGAAAUUGCACCAGUUUUCCGUGCUGAAAAUUCAAAUACCCAUCGUCAUUUAACUGAAUUUGUUGGUCUCGAUAUGGAAAUGGCCUUCAAAGAUCACUAUCAUGAAGUUUUAGAUACCCUCGAUGAAAUGAUGUGUUUCAUUUUCAAAGGUCUCGAAUCUCGUUUCAACAAAGAAUUAGAAACCAUCAACGGUCAAUAUCCAUUCGAACCAUUCAAAUUCACUUAUCCAUCACCACGUUUCACUUUUGAUGAAGCCGCUAAGUUCUUAGCUGAAGAAGCUGAAUUAUUAAAAGAUGAAACCUACAUUGUUCAAAAUAAUGAUUUCAGCACUCGUCAAGAAAAGAAAUUAGGUCAAAUCAUUAAAAAGAAAUUUGGCGUCGAUUUCUUUAUUGUUGAUAAAUUCCACACUGAAGUUCGUCCAUUCUAUACUAUGCCAGAUCCAAAUAAUCCAGGUUUAGCCAAUGCAUACGAUCUCUUCAUGAGAGGUGAAGAAAUUUGCUCAGGUGCUCAACGUAUUCACGAUGCUAAAUUACUCGAAGAAAAUGCCAAACAUCAUGGUAUCAAUGUUGCCGAUAUUCAAUCUUAUAUUGACUCUUUCAAAUUUGGUUGUUCGCAACAUGCUGGUGGUGGUGUUGGUUUAGAACGUGUAGUUAUGUUAUAUUUAGGUAUUUUCAAUAUUCGUAAAACUUCUCUCUUCCCUAGAGACCCACAAACUUUACUUUUAUAA